GUAGCUCUAAAUUUCUUGACGGUUUCUCCCUGUUUCUCCCUACGUUCAAUCAUGGCGGAUGUAGAGUACCUGAAAAGCCUUCUAACGGCACAUCCUGAUUUCCCUCAAAAGGGUAUCGUCUUCUUGGAUAUCUUCCCAAUCUUGAGGAAUCCAGUUGCAUUUGAGACCCUCGUCACAAACUUUGUACACCAUCUCAAUUCGAAGACAGUCGCACAAUCAUCGUCCAAGAAGAUUGAUGUUGUCGUUGGCCUCGAUGCUCGUGGAUUCCUUUUUGGUCCAAUCAUCGCCAUGAGACUUGGAGCUGCGUUCGUUCCUGUUCGCAAAAAGGGGAAGCUACCAGGGGAAUGCGUAACUGCCACCUACGAGAAGGAAUAUGGCACAGAUUCAUUUGAGAUGCAGGCAGAUGCAAUCAAACCUGGCCAGAAUGUAGUAGUGAUCGACGAUCUAAUUGCAACAGGUGGCUCUGCCAAGGCUGCAGGCGAGCUUGUCGCCAAGUGUGGUGGCAAGACUCUCGAAUACUUAUUCAUCAUCGAGCUAUCCUUCCUGAAGGCAGCGGAGAAGCUCGACGCCCCACUCUAUUCACUGGUUCAAGUGGACGACGAUUAGGAGGUUCUGAUUCCCAUUCAUAUGUAUGAAUAAUUUACUACUACAUACUGCUACAUGUACAGCAUCAAACAAGCAACCGUGUAUUGAGCAACGGGUGCCCGUUAAGAUACAGCACUCGUCGAGGAUCCGCAUCUGCUUUUCUGUUAGAGUCCGACUGGUUUCGAUCGUCCCUCCUGGUAUCCCCUUUCUCUGUUACGGGCUCAGCCUUGGAGGCAAUGGCUAGCAUGACAUGGCCCAUUCC